AUGACUGUAAAAAGAAAGCUUUGGGUUUAUCCUUACAGAUACGCAAGCUUAUACUUUUGCUGCGCAAUUGAACAGAACGACAAUGAAUUGCUGACAUUGGAGAUUAUACAUCGAUAUGUUGAAUUAUUGGAUAAGUAUUUUGGCAGUGUAUGCGAGUUGGAUAUAAUUUUCAAUUUCGAAAAGGCAUACUUUAUCUUAGACGAGUUGCUUGUCGGUGGGGAGAUUCAAGAAACUAGCAAAAAAAAUGUAUUGAAAGCCAUUGCUGCCCAGGACCUGUUACAGGAGGUUAGUUACGGGGAUGUACCCCUUGAAUUGUAACAUGCCUUAAUUUAUUAAUAGCACACCAAGGUUGUACACAUAUCGUUUCCUUUUAUAGCCAGUUUUUUUUGGCUGUAAAAGAAGUAUUUUUUUUAGAUCGUUUUAUCUAGCUGUUUACACUUAAUACAUAUUUAAGGAGCCAUCUAGCAAAACUAUAUCCAUAGAUAGAAAGUACAAAUGAAAAUGUUAUACUUGCAUUUGCAUAAUAUUUAAUCAACGUUUGCCAAUACGUUAAAACGAUCUAUACGCCAUUCCUCCUAUAUGCUCCUUCUUGCCAGUCGUGCAUCGUUUUGAUUAAACGAUCGUGAUGUUGCAGGAGUCAAGCAUGUAUAAAAUCUAUUUAAACUAGGUGAGAUUAAAAUGUUUUUUAUUUUCCCGGUUUAAUUCUUUGCAAUAUUAGUUUAUUAUUUUCUUCUUAUGGAAAUAAACCUGCAAAACAUACAAUGUUUAAGCAAUCCUUUUCGAUGUAAUCGGUCUGAACUAUUGUUCACUUUUUAAAAAUUUAUUUAACACACCUAGUUAACAAUAGAUUUAUGCAGAUACAGAAACGAGUACUUACAAAACACGUGCAUGAGAAGGCAUUUAAAUACAUU